AUGGCGGCCACCGCCCCCGCCGCGUGCCUCCUGUGGGCGGGCCUCUCCGCCGCGGCCCAGCCCUGGCCGAGCGCCGCGGCGCCGCCAGCCUGCAGGGCGGAGGGGCGUCGCGCGUCGGUGAGCCUCCUGCAGGUCAGCUCCCGGGCCCAGGUCAGGGCGGGCGUCUCCAUGCCGCUGCGGAGGGCGGCCGUGCGGGGCCGGGCCGGCAGCGGCGCGGUCCACAAGCUGGCCUACUUCGGCACGGUGCAAGUGGGGACCCCUCGCCAGAGUUUCUCGGUGGUCAUGGACACGGGCAGCGGGAACCUCAUUUCGAACGACGACUGCGAGAGCGGGGCCUGCACGUCCCACCGGCGCUUCGCCGAGGGGAGCUCCAGCACGGUGGGAGCGGUGAGCUGCUCAAGCGACGGCGACGGUGGUGGCACCGCUGACGAGAUCACGGUCACGUUCGGCACUGGUAGCGUCGAGGGCCGGUGCCUCAGGGACAGGGUGUGCCUCGGCAGCGCGUGCGCAGAGGCGAGGUUCAUAGCGGCCAGCCACGAGAGCUCCUCCCCGUUCGAGGCGUUCGCCUUCGACGGCAUCCUGGGCCUGGCCCUGGCGGGCAUGGCCCAGGCGCCGGCCUUCAGCCUGAUGGGCCUGCUCACCGAGGGGCAUGCGCUGCACCGGCCGAUCUUCGCCGUUUUCAUGUCGAACUCCGACGAGGAGAGCUCGGAGGUCAUGUUCGGUGCCGUGAGGGAGGAGCACAUGGCCUCCGAGCUGUUUUGGGUCAACGUCACAGGUACGGCCGGCUACUGGGAGAUCACCAUGGAGGAUAUCCUGGCGCCCUCCGACUGUCGGCAACCGGACCACGGGGAUCUGCAAGGACUGCCGGGUGGCCGUGGACACGGGCACGUCCCAGCUGGCAGGGCCGUCCGACACGAUCGACUUGCUCCAGAGGCAGCUGGGCGUGAGCCCGAACUGCUCGAAUUACGACUCGCUCCCAGACCUCGGCUUUGUCAUCGGCGGCAGGAUCCUGAGCUUGGCGCCCAGCGAGUACGUGGACAGCAGCGGCUCCAGCUGCCGCAUGGCGCUGAUGCCGCUGGACCUGCCACCGCCGAAUGGCCUGCUCUUCAUCUUCGGGAUCCCCUUCCUGCAGAAGUACUACAGCGUGUACGACUGGGCGAGCUCCAGGGUCGGCUUCGCCGUCGCGCGGCACGUGGGCGAGGAGCCGGCGGCGCUGCUGUCCAUCGCUGA